AUGACCGAGGUAGUGAAGGAGAUGGCCACCGUCAUUAGGGAGAGCAAGAGUGUGGACGUCCACCCUAAGCUCUACAACACCGUCAUGGAUCAAGUUGGCUUCGGCCCAAAGGCUCUCAUGGUGGCUCUUAGCCACCUGCUGGACAACAAAAGCCCAGGGGGUUGGGUUUGUUGCCAUGGGAGAAGAGCACAUGGUGCUCUGGCUGAAGACCUGGUUGGGCAAGCACUACUACCGGUGCUGCUUCAGAUGGUGGCGACGAUGUGCAUGAUCCUCGACGGCGAUGGCGACAAGGACGAGGAUGACGAUGACAACGGCAAGUGGUAUGUGGUGUUCGAAGCCAGAUCCAACUUGGAUAUGUAUGCAAAUGGAAAAAAAACCAUGCAGUGGAUUGGCAGAUCAGAACUUAUCAAAGAAAUGCUGAUGGAUCCACCUGUUAUGCAAGCGGAUUGCCAACUACAGAAUGACGUGGAGAAAAUAUCAUCUAUUUCUUAUGAUAGGAAGCAUACCUUAUCAUGUAAUGACCAUGGGUGGCAAGCCUCCGAUGUUCAUCAGACAAAUGCAGCAAUAAGUUGUAACCCUGCUGAAGUUAACAAUUCUUCUGGCUCGAGCACAGAUGAGAAAGUAGAUGGUUCCUCUGAAAAGUCUUCUGUUAGCUUGGAUGGUUUAUCAGAGGUGAACUUUUUUGUACCACAUAAAGAAAAGAACGUCCAGGAUGCUUACUUCAAUGAUGUAAGGUUUCAGUUGAAUGCAAGCUUGGAAAAUAAUGGCUCCCCAGGGGAUGCCAACUGCAGCAAACACUGCAUCAAUAAGGAGGAUUUACACCAUUCCCAGGAGGAGAUGUGUUCACCGUCCAAUAUAGUAACUGGACUUAGGCCAUGCCAGUCAAAUGGAGAUGUCCUAACUUCCAAAGGCAAGAAAAUGACAGAAGUACAACUCAAAUAUAACAUCAAUGUUGAUGCAGAAAGUAAGGAAUUUGGGACUGACAUUGCAAGUAAGGGAGUCGGGACUGACUUGGUAAACAAGGAAGUCGGCCACGAUAUGGCAGGAUCUCAUGAUGCCCAAAAGGAGUUGCCGUGCCCACUUCAAGGUCUAUCAGAAAGAGCAUGCGGUGGGUUAGUAAGUAAAAUAUUUUCUCAGGAAGAGAAUGAGACAUCUGUCUCACCUAAAAACGGCAUGGAUAUGCUUGUUCAUAACAACAGUUGUAAUGGCAAUACUAAUGAUGUUGGCGGAGAGAUGGAUACAAGAAGUAUUGAAGAAGAUCAUGCUGUGGCACUUUGGGUAAAGUGGAGAGGAAAAUGGCGAACAGGAAUUCGAUGCUGUAGGGCGGACUGUCCUUUGUCCACUCUCAAGGCAAAACCAACUAUUGACAGGAAGACCUAUAUUGUUGUUUUCUUCCCACAAACAAGGACUUAUUCUUGGGUGGACAUGCUACUAGUCCUUCCUAUUGAUGAAUAUCCUGUGCCACUUGUGAAUGGAACUCAUCGCAAAUGGCGAAAGAUGGUGAAGGAUUUGAGUGUUCCUCGACGAUUCAUCAUGCAGAAGCUUGCUAUCUCAAUGCUAAACUUUAGCGAUGAACUUCACACUGAGGCCAUAAUUGAGAAUGCUCGGAAGGCAACAGCUUGGAAAGAAUUUGCUCGGGAAGCAUCAUGCUGUAGAGAUUACACUGAUCUUGGGAAGAUGCUUGUCAAACUUCAAAAGAUGAUUCUUCCAGACUACACAAGCUCUCAUUGGCUCCAAAAUUCUUCUGACUUGUGGGGCCAGAAGUGUAAUAUUGCUCAUGAUGCUGAGACUGUUGAAAUUCUUGCCGAGGAACUUAGGCAAUCUGUUCUUUGGGACAAGGUCGAUGAGUUGUGGAAUGCACCAAUGCAGCCUGAAUUAGUACCAGAGUGGAAAACAUGGAAACAAGAAGUCAUGAAACAGUUCUUUUCAUCACAUGCUGUAGGUAAUACGGGCAACUUUGAUCAAAGCAAUAGCUAUGAUGAUCCAGGUAUGGAUCAACAAGCUCGCAGAAAGCGUCCCAAACUUGAAGUGCGCAGAGGAGAACCACAUUUUUCUCACGCGAAUGAUGCUAACUGCAGCAUUCUCAGCGAGGGCCUGAACGGUAAUAACUUCCCUAGUAGACCUAUCACUGAUGGACAUAUGGAAGUGUUAGCAUCAGUGGAUCAGAAUAACACUGUCACCUUCCUCAGUAAUUCUGCCCCCCAUGAGAUUGCAGAAUCAGGCCACAUCAACCCAGCUUUACAGAAUGCCAGACAUGAGUUUGAUUCCUUAAAGAAUUCUCGUCAGUGUUCUGCAUACAUAGAAACAAAAGGAAGACAGUGUGGCAGGUGGGCUAAUGAUGGUGAUAUUUAUUGCUGUGUGCAUCAAAGCAUGCACGACCGUUAUUCUAGGGAGGACAGGGGACUUAGUGGUGAUGCUUUAGUCUGUAGUGGUAUGACUAAUUUGGGCAGACAAUGCAAGCAUCGAGCCCAGCAUGGUUCUAUUUUCUGCAAAAAACACCGUUCCCAGACAAGCCUGGAUACUGUAAGCUCUGAUAAUUUAUUCAGUUCAUCUGGGGGUCUCCAUAAAAGGGAAGAGUCUCCAAAAGGAAUGGAAAAGAAUUCCAACUCAAGUGCAAUAUGCAUUGUGGAUGCAGAAAGGGCCAGUAGUUCCCAAGUUCCUCUUCAAAUGCAAUUGACCUCGACCAUGGCUGCAGAGAUUUCAGGUGAUAAAGCUUGUGGAUUGGAGAACCCUGAUAUGUUCUACCCCAUGGCAACUUCCAUGGCAAAAGCUAAUUCAGAUACUGAUCUUUGCAUUGGAAUUCUUUCUCAUGACAAUAUUGUUGAAUGCCAGGAUUAUGCUAAGCGACACACUCUUUACUGUGAGAAGCACCUUCCAAAGUUCCUUAAACGUGCCAGGAACGGAAAGAGUCGACUCAUAUCUAAAGAUGUUUUUAUCAAUCUAUUGAAGGGCUGUGCAUCAAGGCAAGAAAAAAUAUGUUUACACCGGGCAUGUGAGUUUCUUUAUUGGUUCUUGAGAAACAACUUCUCUCGUCAACAAUCUGGUCUUGGUAACGACUAUAUGCCUCAGAUUCUAGCUGAAGUGUCCAAGGAUACUGAUGUUGGAGAAUUUUUGUUAAAGUUGAUCUCUAGUGAAAGAGAAAAACUCACAAAUCUUUGGGGCUUUGGUACAAAUGGAUCUCAGCAAAUAAAUCCUGAUAACCAAGAGGGAUCUAUGAUAGUGUUGCAAGAAGAGAAAACUAAUCAUUCAGCUGGUUUGAAGUGCAAAAUAUGUGCCCAGGAGUUCUCUGAUGAUCAGUGUCUCGCGUUACAUUGGACAGAAGUUCACCGAAAGGAGACCCGAUGGCUGUUCAGAGGGUAUUCUUGUGCUGUUUGCAUGGACCCAUUUACCAACAGAAAAGUUCUUGAAAAACAUGUACAAGAAAAACAUGAUCAUGCCCAUGAGUUCGGGCUUCUUGAUGCCCCACAACGACCUAAAGGUCAAUCUGUAAGAACAGAAGGGACAAGUUUCAAGGCCCUCUAUGAUAACCAUGACCUCGGGAAGGAUGAUGGCUCACAGAAGUUGACCUGUAGACUAUGUGGGUUGAGAUUCGAUCUACUGGCAGAUCUUGGCCGCCACAAUCAAGUUGCUCAUAUGGACCAAGGUACAGUUGGCCACAUUCCACCAGGACGUGGGAAGUAUCAACUUAACCGUGGUCGACACUACUAUUCUGCAUUCAAGAAAAACCUACGACCAUCAGGUUCAUUAAAGAAGAGGAGUAGCUCAGGGAUUGAGAAACAUUUUGAUAUUUCAAGCUCUGAUCUAUCUAUGAUAACAUCGCAAGUUGCGGAACCUGAAACAGCUAACCUUGGUAAGUUAGUGGAUUUCCAAUGCUCAGAUGUGGCUCAAAUUUUAUUUUCAAAGAUUCAAAAGACAAGACCCCAUCCAAGUAACCUUGAUAUUUUAUCCGUGGCCCGUUCUGUAUGCUGUAAGACAAGUCUUCUUGCUGCAUUGGAAGUGAAAUAUGGAACAAUGCCUGAAAACAUAUUUGUGAAAGCUGCAAAGCUUUGUAGUGACAUUGGCAUCCCAAUCAAUUGGCAUCAAGAGGAAUUCACUUGCCCUAAGGGAUGCAAAUCUGGAUAUACUUCAAAUACCCUGCCACCUUUGCAGCUUACCCAUGUUGAUUUCCCCACAGUAGCUUCUGUGAUGAAUCCUCCAGAAAAUGAUGGAACGUGGGGUAUGGAAGAAUACCAUUAUGUUCUUGAUUCAGAGCACUUCAUGUGGAAGCUUAAAAAUGAGAGGGUUGUUCUUUGUGAAGAUGUAAGCUUUGGCAGGGAGAAAGUUCCAAUUGUCUGUGCAAUUGAUGUUGAUGCAAAAGAAUCUCUCCAUAUGAAACCUGAAGAAUUAUUGCAGCAUUGCUGUUCUGUGCCAUGGCAAGGUUUUCAUUACGUCACAACUCGUUUGAUGGAUUCAUCUCUUGUUGAUUCAGAGAGUUACAUGGUUGGCUGUGUGUGUUCUCAUGCCCAUUGCUCUCCUGAGAAAUGUGAUCAUGUGAACCUCUUUGACAGUGUUUAUGAGAACCUAGUGGAUAUGUAUGCUAUGCCAAUGCAUGGCAGAUUUGCGUACGAUGAAAAUGGCAAAAUCAUUUUGCAGGAAGGAUAUCCGAUAUACGAGUGCAAUUCACUAUGUACCUGUGAUGCAUCCUGUAAAAAUAAAGUUUUGCAGCAAGGGCUGCUGGUUAAAUUGGAACUCUUCAGAACUGACAAUAAGGGUUGGGCUGUUCGAGCUACAGAACCUAUUCCACAGGGUACUUUUGUGUGCGAGUAUGUUGGGGAGGUUGUGAAGGAUGAUGAGACCAUGAGAAACACAGAAAGAAAAUUGACAAGAAAGUACCUGAAUUCCAGUGAGUCAAAAAGUGGGUGCAGCUACCUUCUUGAUAUCGCUUCGCAUAUUGAUCGGGAAAGAGUUAAGACUUUAGGGACUACGCCAUACAUGAUUGAUGCUACAAGAUAUGGGAAUGUCUCCCGCUUUAUUAAUCAUAGUUGUUCGCCUAACCUUAGUGCCCGCUUAGUUCUGGUGGAAAGCAAAGAUUGCCAACUUGCUCAUGUUGGAUUGUUUGCCAGUCAAGAUAUUGCUGUUGGAGAAGAAUUGUCCUUUGAUUAUCGAUGGAAGCUGCAAUCCGGUGAUGGCUGUCCCUGCCAUUGUGGAGCUCAGAAUUGCCGAGGUCGUGUUUAUUGA